GCCAUGGUGCACAGCCCAUCAUAAAUAAGCAAUGAUGUGUAACGUUGCUCCAUUAAGGGAAAUGGAAGAAUAGGGUAGUGUCUUUUAACGAUUGAACGUUAGACGUUCGUAACUGUGAAAAAUUGUGGCGGUCCCUUCACAUAAUGGGGACAAUCUAAUCAAGUGUAACUUAAAACAAGAAAAUAAGGUGCGGUUACCGACGCAAUGUAAAUGACAAUUUACGCGUUAUUCUCUUUCUCACGAAACAUCAGGAUUGGAUACGGAAUAAAGUGUCAUUGAAACCUUAUUCAACUGGCGUAUAUUUCGGAGAUGCGAUAGACUAACCCUACAUGAAAGAAAACUUCUGAUUAGUUCGCAAAAAGACAUCAUCGGAUUUGAUAAGGAGGAAAAAACAGACAAAAAAAUGGUCACUGGAUAUUUGGUCCGUUUGGCUCCAAAGUUCCAUCUAAUCAAUUAGGGAGGUAUUUGAUGGAGAAGAAGAAGAGAAAUUAUAUUGGACCUUGACACGGCGAGAGUAUGAAAUUGGAUUAAGCGGUUUCCGUGCAUGUCGACGAAACACCUCAAUCUUAUUCGAUUAAAGUCAUAGCUGGUUACAAGCAGAUCGAGGUUAGCAUCGCAGAGAAGACAUUUCUUUGGCAAGGUUCUGUGGAUACACUUUGUUAUAAGCAAAGGGUGCUGAAAGAUAGGUAUCUCCUGCGUACCGGCAAUUUGAAUCAUCCCUGAUGAGUACUUUAAUAAGACUUAGAAAGAAGAAAGACGAAUUUUCAGGACAAGGAGUUAAUCAACACGAAGAGUCGGAAGAGUUAUGUUCUGACGAUGGAAAGCUGGAACACCGACUUAGUUCAUCGAGCCUGACCUCGGCUUCCUCUGACAGCGACCCGGAGUCUCCCUCCCCAACACAGCUUCGGCGGGAAAGACGGCCGGCCAUUUACGACGCACAGAAUGUGGGCAACCUGAGAUGCCAGUCUCCAGACCUGACGCCUUCCAAUUCUUUUGAAGAACCAGAUCUGCUUAAGGGAAUGAUAGCUCUGAAACGCCGUGAUUCUGUCGAUCUGGAAACCACUACUUACCAAGUGGACAGAGCUUUGAGGGAUCGGAGAAAGAAACUUGUCAAAAGAAACACAAUCGCCGAUUUUUACAAACAUGAUGUAAACUCGGACUCCGGAACAAAUGCAGAGUAUAGAAGAGGAAAACAGACAUUUCCUUUUUCGUUUAACAAACUUAUUCGAACUCGAAGCAAGGAUGAAAUCACUAAACUAAGCGAAGCCCUAGCUACUCUCACACCAUCAAAGUUCUCAGACAACGAUCUAUCAGGAUAUAAGUCAUUCCAUUGGUCUGACCUUAUCGCCAGAACAGAGAAUGACGAAAAACCCCUUAAACUUCCAGACACAGAGAGGAAAAGACGGGAGGCUAUCUGGGAACUAUUCACCAGUGAAUGCGUUUUUCUUAUAGACCACUUGAUGGUCUUGAAACAUUGCUUUAUGGAACCUUUGAAGAGGCUACAAGUUGACGGGUAUUUGAUGUUUGCAGAGCCAAACGAAAUUUUCAGUAAUCUGGAUGAGUUGUGUUAUGUAAGCUAUACAUUCUGUAAAGAACUAUUAACGGUUUUACUAAAGAACAUGAAAUCCGAGGAAAUCUGGCCGGCGUCGUCACUGAUAGAGGCGUUAGAUAAGUUUUCUAAACUGUCGGAUGAUGGGAAUGUCUACCACACAUAUUGCAUAUCUUACUCCAAAUGUCUGGAAUAUGUGGAGAAACUCAGAAAAAACGAGAACUUUGUUGAGUUUGAAAAGUGGUGCUCCCAAGAUCCUCGAUGUCGGAGAUUGCAGUUAAAUGAUUUCUUAGUCGCGCCCAUGCAACACUGUACAAAACUUCCUUUGUUGCUUGCAAACAUUCGCAAAUAUACAUCCUCAGAUUAUGACAAAAACAUAUUGGCUUUGACAAUAGGAAAAGUCGAAAUUUCAUUGCAGUGUCUAGAUGAUAAAAUGAGAAGAGAGAGGAAUACAAAGCGAUUACAAGAACUGCAGCAACAGAUUAUCUGGCCAACAGUCACUGAUCUCGACCCAAGGACGUACAUUCCAGAGUGCUUACGUGCAUCUUUUUUGUAUCAACCUUGCUCCUCGCUCCUCUCUUGUCCUCAUCGGCUCCUCUUACACGAAGGACCACUUACUCUAGUCCAAACAACGAAAAACAUUGAUGUUUACCUGUUUUUAUUUGAUGAUAUGAUUCUUAUUACCAAAACAAAGCGAGGGCGAAAGAAGCCGUCCGAUCUGGGACAAUUGGAUUGCCGAUGUUUCUAUGUUGUAUACAGGCAGCCUAUAGAACUCCACCAUCUGAAGGUCCACGAUGUUGACACCUACGAUACGUCAGGUGGUAACAUAAAGAACGCUUUGGUUUUGGUGCAAGUGACGUCAUUCCAACAAGUGAUAGGACUAUACACUCUUCAGUGUCAGUCGGAAUUUACGAAAGAUAUGUGGAUCUCAAAGCUGACUGACGGCAUGUCAAAAUGCCACUUAGUGAGAACUGAUCCGUGUCUCAGCAACGCAGCGCCGGAAACGUUUCCUGUGAAAGAACAGUCCCCCAAAACGAGGCGAAGGAUACGCAUGCUCAAGAAUAACAAAAAGAAGUCGAUGUCUAUGGACACUCUGUUCACAUGUAGUGAAUGAAUGAUGCUAAUUAUUCCAUUUAUGGAAGUUCAGGUAGAUUGUGUUCAUUAUCAAUCUCCGUCAAUAAUACUCGGUGAAAGUAUAAUAAAAUUAAGGUGGAAUAACACACCUGGAAAAGGUCACUCAAAUUAACAGUGCAUCAUUUGAUUAUGAAAGAUAUAAUGAUGAAUAAAUUGUUAAACUGUACAUAUGUCAAAUAAGCGAAAAAUUUGCAGUUUUGGGAUUAAAUAUGAAUAUCUAAAAAAAAUACAAUUCAGUAAGUAACAGCAAAAGCCCCUGCAGGAUUCGAACUCGGGAUGUACGGCUCACAAGCCCGACACUUUAUCUGAUCGGCUAUAGAGUAAGUUAUAUGUUGCUGUCGAUAAAAUCCAUUUA